AUGAUACCAAAACGGAGAUGGCAAGACAGGAUCCCCGUCACGGAAUUCCUACAACGGAUCAGUAUCAUUUGUACUCACGUCAUUUUGAGUCAACUGCAGUUACGUUGGGGCGGGCGUCUCCUGAGGAUAGAAGAGACACGACUGCCGAAACAACUCUUCUACGGUGAUGUCACCACCGGUGUUUGUCGACCGGCGCUGCCGUCUGCGAAGCAAUUCGGAUUGCCGCCGCCAAAGUCAAAGGGGAGACUCAAAAAAUAUAACUACCUCUCCUCCUCAGUGCUAACCGUCAACGGUUUCCAACAUGCCUGGACAGCCAACGCUCAUUCUGCGCACGAAUCGGUCCCGAAAGCCACAUUCGGACCCGGUGCGCCAUCAACCCGACAGCGUUUACCUCUUCUCCCACUCUCGCUCCUGCUACAAACCCGUCGCCGACUGCUACCCUUGUCACCGCUAAUCCCAAAGUUAAUGCCUCACCGCCACUGUCCGUCUUGCACCAACCCCUGCAUCGACCGCAGCGGCCAGCACCAUCACCAGCACCACCACGUCUUCACGCACUCUCCACACCGACGGGGCGACGUCCGAAAUCCCAUCACCACCCUCACUUCCGCGAUGUCGGCUGAAUUCACACCUGCCCUCAUUGCGAACGCACAUUCACUUCACACAUCGGCCUAG